CCACCUCCUACCUAUCUGCCUGACCCGCGCAUCCAGUCUGCUCUGCCUUGGCUCGACCAACGCUCGUACAUCUAGAGUCUUGCGCUUGUGUCCUGCUGCGGAGCGCCACCUACGCAGGCAAUGAAGAUUGCGGUAGAGGGGUGCAGUCAUGGCGAGUUGGACAACAUCUAUGCUUCCAUCCUCAAGGCUGAAGAACAAGGCAACUUCAAGACCGACGUGCUUCUUCUAUGUGGUGACUUCCAAGCCCUCCGCAACGUAGCAGAUCUAGAAUGUCUAGCAGUGCCGCAAAAGUACCGCGAGCUUGGAGGUUUCCACAGGUACUACUCCGGCGAAAAGGUUGCUCCGCUCUUGACCAUCGUCAUUGGCGGAAAUCAUGAGGCGAGCAACUAUAUGUGGGAGCUCUACCAUGGCGGCUGGCUCGCCCCGAACAUCUACUUCCUUGGAGAGGCGGGAGUGAUAGACGUAGGCGGUGUCAUCAUUGCCGGCGCAAGCGGCAUCUACAAAUCACACGAUUACCACAGAGGCCGGUAUGAGCAGAUGCCCUACGACAAGUCCUCCAUCCGAUCAGUCUAUCACACCAGAGUAUACGACAUCUGGCGGCUGAAGCUUCUCGCUUCUUCCGCUGCAUCUCGUCCCGAUGUGGUCCUCUCCCACGAUUGGCCAAAUACAAUUGAGCAAUACGGCGAUACCGCAAAGCUCAUCAGCCGCAAGCCCUUCUUCAAAGAUGAGAUCCAGAGCUCGACUCUGGGAUCUCCGCCUCUGUUGGAGCUGAUGCGUUGCUUGCGGCCGAAAUACUGGUUCUCGGCCCAUCUUCAUGUCAAAUUUGCUGCGAUAUUCGAGCAUCGACAGGGCUCUGGAGGAGCGCAUCAAUCAAGUGGGCAGAGCGGUGGCUCUUCGGACCCAGAUAUGACACUUGCGUCUGCGGGUGUGGUAUCAGAUCCUUCUAGUGAGAAUCCGGAGGCUAUAGACCUCGACUUUGACGACGAAGAGGACGCAGAGCAAAGCACUAAGUCCGCCGGAGAAGACGUGGUCAAGGCCAACGUGAAUCCAGACGAGCUCGCGAUCGAUGAGGACGAAGUUGCAGGGAUCGACGAGGACCCUCCUCACGACCAUGGUCAUGGGUCAGAGGCGCAGACGGCAGGCAUGAGCCAUCUCGACUCAGCGUCCCCUGUAGGCGAGACGCGUUUCCUGGCCCUGAGCAAGUGUCUCCCGAGUCAGGACUUCCUACAAUUCCUCGACAUUCAUCCUCGAGAGAGCGACGAUCGCAGUAACGGAAGUACGGCAGAAGCUUCCUCAAGCUCUGAGCGUACAUUCCCGCCAUUGCGCUUUGUGCCUCGCUGGCUGGCUGUAUUGCGGGCCACCAACCACCUGCUGUCGAUGACUAGGCAGCAGCCUCAUCUGCCUGAUCCCAGCGAUGCCGCGCUGCUCGAGCGGAUCGAGCAAGAGGAAGUCUGGGUGCGAAGUGACCUGCAAAGUCAGGCAGGAGAGGACAGCCUGGCAAUUGGACGGAUACAGCAAUUUGCGCAUACUGCGCCUACAGCUUCGUCACCGCUGGGCGGUCAAAGAGGACCUCCUCCGUGGUACACAAACCCUCAGACUGAGGCAUUGACGAAGUGGCUAUGUAUCGAGAACAAGAUCAAUCCCCCUCCCAUCAACGGACCCCCUGGUCCCAACUUGGGCCCUCCCAUUCGGUUUGGUGGACCUUCCGAGGGAGUCUCAACUCCUACUCAACCCACGAUGACACCAGCUGACGAAGAAGCCGAGAUUAAGAGGAUAGAGGCCGCUGCUGCACAGGCCAGCCGAGCUCGCAAGCGCUUCAAGAGCGACGAGGAGAAGCCUACAGAGGCGGAGCCUCUGAGACUAGACGAAGAUGAGAGCGUAGAUGCCAGAUGGAAGGAAGGGACCGGUUGAGCCCUUAUUCAUUUCGCAGAGUCCUUCGUCGUACGACUCUGCAAUCCUGUGCUGUAGCAAAUCAUCUUUCAUCUAUCCCUAGCAAUGCAGCAUGUCAUCCGUCUUUUCCUGAU